UUUGUUUGCCUAAGAAUGAUCCACAGAAUCACCACUGUUGAGCCGCGAAGGCAAAAGCUUCGAAACAUGAAGACCGAAACAAUUUUGCUGCUCCUGUUUUUUUGCCACGCUGUAUCUGGAGCAGUGUUUCUAAAGAAAGAUGAUGCUAGCUCACUGCUCCAGCGCUUCAGACGUGCUAACUCUGGCUUCUUCGAGGAGGUUAAACCUGGAAACCUGGAGCGUGAGUGUAUUGAGGAGAUUUGUGACUAUGAGGAAGCGCGAGAGGUGUUUGAGAAUGACGCUAAAACGAAAGACUUUUGGCUAACAUACCACGCUCGCGAGCCCUGUUUGACCAACCCAUGCAGAAACAACGGGACCUGCAUCUAUCUGGGAAACUCUUACAUCUGCCAGUGCCUUGAGGGGUUUGAAGGCAAAUAUUGUCAAGAAGUGUUCGAGGACACUCUGAAGUGCUUGUAUCUGAACGGUGGUUGUGAGCAGUUCUGUGAUGGUUCGGGUCGCAGGCGAAAGUGUUCAUGUGCUCCGGGUUAUUCCCUCGGAGAGGAUGGGAAGUCCUGUGUUGCACAAGUUCAGUAUCCGUGUGGAAAAGCACCUCUUGAAAGAAGUCAGACUUUUGCACCACGAGUGGUCGGUGGAAAUCAGUGUCCUAAAGGCCACUGCCCCUGGCAGGUCCUGCUGGAUUAUAAAGGAGAGAGUCUGUGUGGAGGAGUGUUAGUGGAUGCUAGCUGGGUCAUCACAGCUGCUCACUGUGUGGAUAAAAGAGAUAAAAAACACCUGAAGGUUAUAACAGGAGACCAUAAUAUUGAAACAGUGGAUUUGACCGAACAAACAUUUUCAGUUUCCCAAAUAAUCGUACAUGAGAGCUACGAUUCAGCAUCGGUGGACGCCGAUUUGGCUCUUUUGCGGCUCCAUGAAGCGGCUACACUUUCAAACCACACCGUUCCAAUCUGCCUGCCGACGUUUGAGUUUGCUGAGAAGGAGCUGUCUGCUGUUCGCUUCCAUUCCGUCAGCGGAUGGGGUCAGCGCACUCAAGGAGGAAACGUCGGUAACAGCAAGACUUCCAAAGGGUCGACGUCACCGAUCCUGCGCAUGAUUGCCGUCCCGAUCCUACCGAAGCCGGAGUGCUCUAUAAAGAGUGGGGUUAACGUUACAGACAACAUGUUCUGCGCCGGAUACUUUGAGGGCAGCCAGGAAUCCUGUCGAGGGGACGACGGAAGCCCCCUGACCACUCAGUACAGGCAGACCAGUUUUCUGACUGGGAUAGUAUCGUGGGGAAAAGGCUGUGCUCAUCCAGGAUUCUACGGCAUAUAUACCAAGGUCGCCAACUUUCUGGACUGGAUUCAGAACAGCAUGGUGACACCGAUCCCACAUCUGGAUUCUGACAACACAACUCUACAUGCAGGAGCGUUUGUUGAACAGUUCAUUCAGAACUGAUCUGUUCCAGGUUCAAGCAUGUAUUUGGUUCUGAAAUAAAGAAUCUUUGAGGA